AUGUCAGGCCGCAGGGUGGGCUUCUGUCUCAGUGACAAGAAACGGAGGAGGAUUAACCUGAAUGCAUUUAGAGAUUUCUGUGGGGUCCAUGGAGUGGAAGUGGUGGAGAUUGACCUCACUCAGCCGCUGAUACCCCAGGGACCCUUCAAUGUCAUCGUUCACAAGCUGUCUGAUGUCAUCGUGGAGGCGGAGCACGACAGCCGAUCACAGCAGCUGCUCGCCAACUUCCAGAGCUAUGUGUCCACUCAUCCUGGUACCGUCCUCCUGGACCCCCUGCCUGCGAUGACCAAGCUCCUGGACAGAUUUGUGUCUUACAGGAUCAUGAGCCAGUUGCACAACUCCCUCCGAGACUGGCAUAUCUGCAGCCCUUCUUACCUAGAGGUCCCCAGUGCCGCUGACCUGUCGACCAUCAAGCAGACCGUGAUGUCUCAGGGCCUCAGCUUUCCCCUCAUCUGCAAAACCAGAGUGGCACAUGGCUCACCAUCCCAUGAGAUGUCUCUGAUCUUCAGUGCCGGCAGUCUGGCUGAUAUCCAUCCUCCCUGUGUGCUCCAGAGCUUCGUCAACCACGGAGCGGUUCUGCAUAAGGUCUUCGUGGUGGGAGACAAACACUUCUGUGUAGAGAGACCCUCCCUCAAGAACUUCACCUCAGGUCCCUGUGACAGGAAAACCAUCUUCUUCAACAGCCACCAGGUGUCCAAGCCAGAGUCCAGCUCUGAUCUCACAGCGCUGGACGUGCAGAUGCCGUGCCUGCCCCCCCUCAGCUCCCAGGCCGUGGCCGCGCUGGUCAGAGAGCUCCAGGUUCAGCUGGGCAUGGCCCUGUUCGGCGUGGACGUCAUCAUCAACAUACACACACACACCCUGACUGUCAUCGACAUCAACAUCUUCCCAGGGUACGAGGGAGUGCCACAGUUUUACUCCUCCCUGCUCAGCCACAUCAAGACAGUGUUAGACAAACAGACCUCCGCCAGCCCCCGGGCCAGCAGCUCUCCUCAGACAACACAGACUGCAGGUGGUCCGUCCGCCGGCCUUUAA